AUGAGAUUGAGGUGUGAUCUCUUUGAGUGCUGCUUCACUAGCACAUCUUCUGAUACAUUUCCAAAGCACAGUAAGUCGAAGUGGCGAAUAUUUUCGUAUAAGGAACUUGCGAAAGCCACAAAUUAUUUUGAACAAUCUCAUUGUCUUAGAAAGGGAAUUGAAAAGAGAGGCUUUACCACUCAAUAUUACGGAACACUUGAGGAUGGACGUGAGAUUACAGUACAGUGCUUUAAAGAAGACAAGCGCUACAUAUUGCAACAGUUUAUCAAUGAAACUGUUAUCCUAAAUUACUUGCCUCACAAAAAUAUUGUGUCAAUUUAUGGGUGUAGUUCUCAUCACGAGGAACCUCUACUAGUGCAAGAGUACCUAUCCAAUGGAAAUCUUGCUGCUCAUUUUCAAAGUAACAUUUCACUACCUUGGCAUAAACGACUGGAUAUAGCCAUUGAUAUUGCAAAUGCAUUGGACUAUCUUCACUAUUACGGCAUCAUCCACCGGAAUGUGAAGUCCAGCAAUAUUCUCCUACAUGAGAACUUUUCUGCUAAAGUUGGUAGCCUUCAUUUAUCACGGAAACUUCCAGAUGGAGUUCCUGUUGAUGCCACCCAUCUUACUAGUGAUAGAGUAGGUUCAAGUGGUUAUAUAGACCCAGAGUAUUUGACAAAAGGCCAGCUUAGCGUAAAAAAUGAUGUUUAUAGCUUUGGAGUGGUGUUGUGUGAGCUUCUAUCAUCACAGCUGGCAAAAAAUUGGGUUCUGAAUGAAGAGGAAAAUCUUGCUACCCUUUUAAGUAGAAAACUUGAAAACCAAUCUUUGGUGGAGCUGUUGGAUCCAAGACUUGGGUUCCAAUCAAACCUUAUGAUCAAGCAGGUGAUGACUGCUACAGCUGAGCUUGCAGUUCUGUGCAUGAAAUGUCCACAAGAAUCAAGGCCAAACAUGGAACAGGUGCUAGAGAUUCUGUAUCAAAUGAAGCAAGGGAGAUAUAAAAUAAACUCUUUCUGCACUAAAGCUCUGAAAAUCUUCCACCACGCCGACCUUGAAGAAGCUACUAACAAUUUUGGCACUUGCCUUGGAGAGGGAGGGUACGGCAGCGUGUACUAUGGAAAACUUAAAGAUGGGCUAGAGGUUGCAAUAAAACGUUUCCAUGACGAGAACGAGACAGAAGAGACCAUUAACCAAUUCAUGAAAGAAAGUGAGAUCUUAGGUCUCUUGCACCAUCAAAAUCUGGUUUCACUUUAUGGCCGCACUUCUCGCCAUAGCAACAAACACAUGCUAGUGUACGAGUACAUCUCCAAUGGAACUCUUUCUAAACAUCUUCAUGAAUCCUCCAGCAAACUACCAUGGCAUACUAGAUUGAACAUUGCCAUCGAAACUGCGACUGCCUUAGUAUAUCUGCAUGACUCAGGCAUCAUCCACCGGGAUGUGAAAGGGAGUAAUAUCCUGUUGGAUGAAAAUUUUAUUGUUAAAGUUGCAGAUUUUGGAUUCUCACGGUCUCUUCCAGACCAUGUUACUCAUGUUACAACUAUUCCAGUAGGAACUCGUGCUUACAUAGAUCCUGACUACUACUUAUCUGGAAGGGUCAGUAACAAAAGUGAUGUCUACAGUUUUGGAGUGGUCUUGUUUGAACUCAUAUCAUCUAUCCGCCCAAGUUUAGUGGCAGGCACAGAUAAUACUCUUGCACAGUUUGCAAAGGACAAAAUCUUGAACAGUGAAUUAAAAGAGAUAGUGGAUCCUAGUUUUUGGCGUGGUUCUGACAAAAACAUUGUGAAAAUGGUAACAGCAGUGGCAGAGUUAGCAUUUCAGUGUGUGCAGUGUCCCAAGGAACUCAGACCAUCCAUGAAACAGGUGCUAGAGACCCUGGAGGGCAUAAGGAAAGGAAAAUGGGGAUUCAACCAGAUAACAUAG